AUGGUUCACCAUAAGAUAAUAAUCCUGUGCAUUCAGCGCGAAAUACUAACAGGAUCUAGAGAUCCCAGUCAACAUGAAGAAGUUUACCGAGGAAUCUUGGGAUUAUCGCCAAUGCGUCCUAUAGACAGUAAGAUGGUAUGUCAGCUGAUCCCAAAAUUUUUCUUACAUUUUCCCCAACUAGCAAGGAGGGCUCUUGAAGUUUACUUUGAUUUAUGUGAAGACGAUGAUGUUGCUGUAAGGCAAGAAGCUAUCAAAGGAUUGCCACAGCUGUGUGGCGAAAUACAACAGUAUGUGCUACAUGCACGUAAGUACAAGAGUACGUUUUUGAAUGAUAAGAUUAAAAAUUUGCAGGGAUAUAGAUUAAGGCUUUUAUAUUUCUUUGGAGCUUUACAAGCCUAUGUUAAAACAUUAGAAGAUGUUCUUCAAAAGAAAGAAAAGGAUGAAGAGAAUACGGUUGAAAUAGUGACAAAAACCAUUUCAAACAUUAAGAUAUUAAUAAAACAAUUUUUCCGCAAUCCUCCAAGUCAAAAAACUUCAGGAGUACUAUCUUUUCUCGGAACCGAAAAUCCUUCUGCCAAGAGAAAAGCCACAUCAGCUGACAGGACCUCGAAGAUAUUUAAAGGACACUACGGACAACGCGUACAUCGACCUCGCAUGUUUCUGCCGAAAGUACCAAAGUACCGUCGCAACCCCCUAACUUGCGCCUGUCCCGAUUCGGCAAAUGGGCCCUUAAUCAUGUAA